AUGGGAAGAAAAGAAAUACAAAAGAUCAAGGAUAUGCACGGCAACAUAGUAACACACAAACAGGAAAUCCUACACUCUAUUAAACUUUUCUAUCAAGAACUUUACACAUCAAAACAGCAGGGGAUCAGAACCGACAUCCGAAAGGUAAUAAAUCAGGGGUCGGAAGAAAUUCCAGAAAUAACCGAGGAAGAAAUUAUCAGUGCCCUUAGAGAUAUGAAAAACAAUAGAGCUGCCGGCGACGAUGGACUGGUAAUAGAGUCAAUCCAAGAAGGAGGACCAGAAAUCAUCAAAGCUUUAAAUGUCCUAUUUAAUAAAUGCAUUGAAGAAGAAAUAACCCCAUCACAGUGGAACAACGCAACCAUCAUUAUUGUACACAAGAAAGUCUUCAACUCCGAGACCAUUCAGCAAGCUUACAAGUACAAGCAAACUUGGAACGGCCAACCUAUCCAAAGCACUGGAGGGAAGUAUCCAGGUUACACUAUCGUUUCUAAUUAUUCUGGAUAUUACAUUAACUUACAUCCAGAACAAUCUCUUUCAUAUUAUUUGGAAGAUGUCGAAUAUAACAACUUCUAUUACACUUAUUACUUGUACUAUCCUUGGUGGAUGGAUGGUGAGAAAUAUGGCAUCAACAACGACAGGCGUGGAGAGUUGUUUUUCUUCUUCUACCAACAGAUUCUUUCCAGAUAUUAUCACCAGACGUUGUCCAACGAUUUUGGACAAAUCCCUCUCUUGGACUUGGAUGUCCCGAUUGAAACACCAUACUAUCCAUCUUUACAAUUGCUAACGACACACAAUUCCACAGAAAGACCAAGUUUACAAAUUCUUUUGAUAGGUUAUGGUCGUCAUGCUUUGGGAUAUUCCUACACUCCACUCUACAAAGACAAGGUAGCUCCAUCUGCUUUAGAACAUAUCGAAACUUGUUUAAGAGACCCAGUGUUUUACCAACUCUACAAAAUUUUAAUCAACUACUAUCACAGGAGCUAUAUAAAUCAACGCACACCUCCAUACACCACUAAAGAUCUCAUCUGGAACGGAGUCCAAAUUGAAAAAGUUGAAAUAGACCGUCUCAUCACGUACUUCGAUGAGUUCUAUUCCGAUCUCAGCCAAGCCGUCUAUUACAGUGAGGAAGAAUUGAAGAACGAGAAGAACCACUUCUUCGUUUAUGCCAAACAGUACCGUCCUCAAUCACAAUACGCUUUUCUUACAAAAUCACGUCCAAUCUACGUUUUGAUGCUGGCUAUUUUAUCAGGAGUCUUUAUUGGUCCUAAGUAUGAUGAAUAUGGAAGGUACAUCAACAUCAGUGAAAACAGAUGGAACUUCUUUGAAUUGGACAAAUUCGUGUAUGAUCUGAAGAGCGGUGAAAAUGUUAUCAAGAGGAGUUCUUACGAAAGCAGACUGUUCGCUACAGAAGGACAGGAUUUCUACGACCUACCCUGAAACAAGUUAUCAGCACUUCUGAAGGGACAAAUUAGAUUAGCAAUGGGAUACAGACAAAAUUACUUCAAUUUCCCAUACAGAUACAUGUUACCUAAAGGUAGCACUGGCGGGUAUCCAUUCCAGUUCUACUUCAUCGUCUACCCAUAUAAACCAUACACCGGUAACAAGCCCGAGGAAUGGACUUACCACUACCCAAGACCAGGAGUUGGAGGGCCAUACAUCGACGAUUAUCCACUCUAUUAUCCAUUCGAUCGCGAGAUAAAGUAUGGAAAGACGUUCUUCGAGGAUAUUCCUAACAGUUUCUUCUACGAAACGAGGAUCUAUCACAAGAAGGACGUAAAUUCCGUCACUCCUGAGCAUUAAG